CUCUCUAUAAUCGGGCUCGAGAUCUCUGUUACCAUUAGCUGAUGUCGGCAGCAAAUACUUCAUCAAUUACUAUCCAAAAGUUAUAUUAAUUUUGUAAUUUUUAACUUUGAUUAAAUUAAUUAUUAACCGAUUAUUAAAAGGAAUAACUAGCUUUGUAUUUUGGUUAUAAUGGUUGGAAAUGGCUGUAGAAGUAAUGUCAUAGCGUUAGCUGUGUGCAUAUCAAUCGUUGCAACAACAAUAACGUGUCACUCUGCUAUAGUAUCAGAAACAUCAGCAGCAUCAUCUUUGGAGACCGUAGCUCGACCAACUAGACCUAAGACAUUUGGUUCACCAGGAGAACUACGAACUUAUUUAGACCAGCUUGGGCAGUAUUUAUCCGUUGUUUCAAGGCCUAGGUUUGGUAAAAGAAAACAGCCAAUUACUCCAAAUAAAUAUUUCACUAUCACAGAUCAGCAAUAUGGAUCCUUGGAUCGAGAGUAUAAUGGUGAACAAGAACCUUCCAUUCUAACAUCGAUCCGUAAUGCUAAAGAUUUAUAUCAGUUGAUUUUUGGACCUAAGAACUAUGCUUAUAGUUAUCCAUUGCGUCAACAGUUACAACAAUACUAUUAUGGCGAUUCCCAAAAUUCACCUAAUACUAUUAUAGAUCCAAAAUCAGUUUCAAUGGUCGGUAAUGGAUUUAAAUAAUAAUAUAGUGAUAAUUGUUAAGAAAUCGCAACACUAAAAAUUGAAAGAAAUCUUAAUAGAUAGUAAUUCAUUGGAACUCCGCGUAUUUUUUUAGGUUAAAUUUAAAUUUUAUUUAAGCACUAAACGCAAAAAUUACAAAUGACACCAAUUUUUAAAUGUCUGUAUAAUUGUAUUGAAAUACAUUUUGAAGAAAAAUUAAUUAAAGCACCACUAUCAAUAUUAAUUUACAAUUAAAUAAUUAAUAUUAUCGAGAUAUAUCCUACAAUUUUAUUUAUAGUUCACUAAUUAAGUAAAAUUCUUAUAUCUUCCAAGCAUUAAAUUAUAUU